AACGAACAAACAUGUUUUAUCAAAUGCUAGUCACAAUUUUCUGCAUUGGAUUUAUCUUUUUGAAAUUUUUGUAUUUAUUAUCACGAAACAAUAAAGGUUAAAAAAAAAAAAAGUUAAAGAAAGUUCGAGUUUUAUAUGAAUCGUCUCGUAUUUGUUGGUAGAUACGCGAGUUGAUCGAAAAUAAUGAAUGUACUUAAUCUUAUCCUCCCUCGUCCAUCCACCCGAAGGAACUUUGAACACAUCUACUACAUCGUCAUGUAUCUAUAGACACGUGUAAUACAGUCGUCUCUCUGUUCGCAACCAUAUAUGAUAUACAUGCUGGUAUCUGCAUUGGAAUGAUAUUUACAAAGAAUAAUUCGAUGUUAUGAUAAUUGACGACAGGUGCCUUUGCAGCUUCUAAUAACAGGAGAUCAUCACUGUUCACGAUAGUGACAAAGUGUCCGAUGGAAGAUGUGUGAUCGAUCGUGCACAGACAAAACUUAAUAUUUUAUUUAUUUAUUCAUUAUUAUAAGAAUUUCAACAAAAUGCUUCAUUGUUUCUUUUUUUGUCACCUGAUCAAAAGUGUGAAUUAGUUGUUCAUAUAAUAAAAAAUCAUUGUAAAUACGUUUACCUUACUUCUAAAUAGUAAUUUACCUCAAUUUUGUAAUCAUAAAUAUUCGUUUUAUAAUUUGAAAGACAUUCAAAUAUUGUUAUUUACAAUGCUAGUUGCGUCAGGGUUGCAACCGACACAAUCUUGUAAUUCUUCCAAUACAUAUUCUUUCAGGACCGACAAGGAAUGUUCCUUGAACCUAACUGUUUUGGAUUUUCUAUAUAAUUUCACGGAACCUGAUUUAGAAAUAACGUGGCCAUGCGAAGCACGUUAUUAUUGGUUGUCGUUACAACCAUUCGUUAAAUUUGUACGAUUUUUACUCAGUUAUGUGACUCCAUUUAUUAUAAUUGUCGGCGUGAUAUUAAAUACCGUAUCGUUUACAAUAUUAAAUGCACCCGUGUCAGGUGACUCGAGCUUAUCCUUAUAUUUAAAAGCUCUUGCUAUAUCCGACAAUGGAGCAUUAAUAUUUAAUUAUGCAGUAGGUAUAGCAAAAUCACAAUUUACAUUUGUCAAUGAUCUUUUCAUGAACAGUAAAUUUCUAUGCGAUACCAGUUCUGUGACAAUGGAACUCUUUCAAUUUACAUCUACUUGGCUGGUCGUAUCUUUAACAUGGGCUCGAGUUUCUGCUAUUAUUUUUCCAUUCGAAGCUCAUAGUAGUAAUCCUGAUCGUUCUGCAAUAAUAAGUGUAACUACUCUGACAUGCGUCAGCUUCAUAAUAUCAUUAACAAAAUUAUACUCUGGAGGAUACGAAACUGAUAGCGUUUUUGAAUUUAAACCCUGUCAAAAGAAAAUCAAACCUUGGGGUAGCGCUAUGUAUGUAUAUAUCGCACUAUCAACUUGGCUACCGCUUACUUUUAUAUUUGUUGGUAAUGUUUUACUAGUUAUACAUAUGAAAAAAUUGGACACGCAUCGUAGACAAUUAACUCGCAGUUUCUGCCAAAAUAUUAAUAAAUCAAAUAAAAAGAGUAGGACUUUAUUAGCAGUAUCAAUGGUAUACUUAAUUUUGCUAUUACCACUUGGAAUAGUUGAAACUUUGGAGCUCUAUUGGGAUGUGAUAUUAAUUAAAUAUCCAGAAAAUAAUAUAAAAGAAAAUAAACAAUACAUCAAUUGGCUAGAAGAGAAAAUGUUGUUGAAGUGGUGUCGUGGACUAUUCUUUCAUCUAUACCAUUGGAAUUUUGCAUGCAAUUUUUUUUUAUAUUAUCUUACGGGAGAAAAAUUUCGAAGCGUUGUAAUACAAAAAUUGAUCGAUUGCAAAAUCAUAUUAACAUCGACAAAAUUAACAAAGUAUCUUCCCUGGUGUAAGUGUGAAGACCGAUUCAAAUCUAUACGAACUCCGAGCAUAUUGCUUAUCAAAGUUGUCACGUUCGACGAGUCUUUCGUUAACAAUAAUAUUACUACGCAAAAUAGUAGCAACGUUGCAUCGAUCAUUUAAUCAUUGUGGAUCAUUGUGCAACUAAGUUGAAAUAAAACUUAACAGUUGUAAACUGCCAUAAAUGAAAAAGAAUAAUUUAAGAAUUAGUUAUAAUUCAAUGUGUUCUUUUCAGAUAAUGCGAUAUUUUAUGAUAUGAAUCAUUUAUUUCUUUUUACAUGAGAGAAAUUUAUAUACGAAUGCAGUAAAAUAUCACAAUACAUAUAUAUAUGCAUAUAUACAUAUGUAAUUAAAAAUAUUUAAAAUAUGUCUGGUCCCAAUAGAAGUUUCUAAAGUGGAUACGACUAUUUCGUAUCUGUUAUAUUUAAUACAACUUCAUGAAUAUUUUCAUAUUCUUUGAUUAUAGAGACAAAUUAUGAACAUUAUGCAGUUAAUUACAAUUAAUUAUUCCUGUUUUAUAUACUGAAAUAAAUAAAAAAUAAAAUGUAUAAAGAUUAUGCUCUUAUUCUAUUCGUAUAUAUGCCUAUACUCUAACUGUAUCACUCUUUGUCUGGUAACUGGAGUAAAACAAACUUCAUCAAUUGAAUUAUUUCAUACAGUACACGAAAUAACAAAACAAGUGUACUUUCCUUUACUAACAAAAUAUAUAUAU